AUGAGCAAUCCAAAAACAAAUUAUACAGUAUUUGGUGACAUAGUAGGUUUUGAUGCUACUUAUAAACCAAACAAAUAUGAUUUGGUUUUUGUACCAUUUACUGGGAUUGAUAAUCAUUUUAGGAAUGUCACAUUUGAUGGUGCAUUACUUGGUUCUGAGACUGCAGGUUCUUAUCGAUGGCUUUUAAGGUGCUUUGUUAAUGCUUUUGGAAAUGAGCCUAAAGUUGUUGUUACUGAUCAAGAUGCUGCAAUGAAGAGAGCUAUUAAGGAUGUUCUUCCAAGAAGUAGACAUAGGUUAUGUAUGUGGCAUAUAUGGGAGAAAUUGAAGACAAAGGUUGGUCCUGUUUUGUCAUCCAAUAUUGACUUUAAUACAAGAAUGACUCGUGUUGUUUGGGAUGAUACUAUUAUUCCAGAAGAUUUUGAAACUGAGUGGCAUUCAAUAAUGUCUACUUUUGGAUUGGAAAAUCAUGAAUGGUUAAAAGAUAUGUACGAUCUUCGAUUUGAUUGGAUACCCUCUUAUUACCAUGGAGAGAAUUUGGCUGGUCUUAUGCGUACUACGUCUAGAUGUGAAAGCGAGAAUUACUUCUUUGGUCAGUUUUGUAAUCCAAGAUGUACACUUGUUGAAUUUUUCACUCAUUUUGAGACUGCAAUGGAUUUUCAAAGGCAUGAACAUAGGAGGAAUGAUCAUGAUACAAGAUUGAAAUUGAUGCUUCCAUUACAAAGUGUAUAUCAAAACUCUCAUGAUACUAUGGGUGAUGUUCAAUAUUAUGAAAUAAAGGAUUUCAAACAGCCAUGCACAUCUUUAUUCAAGGUUGAAUACAGUAAACAGGAAGAUGGUUUAAGUAUAAGUUGUACUUGCAAACGGUUUGAACAAUUUGGUAUAUUGUGCCGGCAUAUAUUUUAUGUUAUACGGAAUAGUGAAAUUGAUAAAGUUUUUAGAGAAAUCGUUGUAGCAAAUAAAUAUGUGGUUAAUAGGUUGGUUGGGGAUUUAGAUGAGUUGUGUCGUUAA